GUUUAUAAACAAAAAUUAUGUUUCCCGGGCAACCGUUUUUAUUGACCAUCGACUAUUAUGGUUUCAUUCCGAUUCAAGAAGAAACCACAAAAAUAAUACAAAUUGAUUUAGUAAAAAUAAAUAAAUAAUAACUAUGGGAUGAUAAUUAGGUGAUGUUUUUUAUUAUAAUUUUUGUUUUCGUCAAAAAUAUGCAUUCAAAAUUGUAAAAUAAAUUCGGCUAAAUGGAAUACAACCAACGGCCGACGGAAACGGAUACAGUUCUGAAAGAUUGUUUAUGAUAAUAAUUUAAGCAAAUUGGCGCGUACCUAUUUAUUUAAAACAAAAAGUUUAUUUUGUAGAUUUAUUAAAUAAUAACCGUCGUCACAAACUUAAAAAACAUGGAUUCUUCAGUAGGACAAACGAUCGAAAGAAUUAAAAUGCAAGAACAAGACAAUGAAGUAAAACUUAGAGAAAAACGCGAAUUGAAUAAUACAAUGCUCGCCAUCAAUCGAGGAAUACGCGAUGCUUUGACCAACAUUUCGAAAUUGACGAAAGAAUAUGAACAACUUACCGUAACCACUGCUAAACUGGCUCAUCAGUUAAUUGUGGAACAAACACGUCACAGCGCGCUCAUUGAACAAGUUGAUAGCUGCUGCAAAGAAUUGGAGGAACUUCGUGACAAGUCUAACAAUGGUAUUUCUUCCGUGUGGAAUAAACGGUCAACAUUACUAGAGACGAUACACGGUGUCGCAGACAAAUGUGACAUUUGGGCAUUACUUAUUAAGCCUUCAGGAAGUAAAAUAGUUCCAUGUAAAAAAGAAGUUCAGAAUACUGAGCCAGUCAUUUACGACGAUAGUAAACUGAAACAUGCUUUAGAAAGAAGAAAUAAAGCUAUUGCUGAACGUAACUAUUUGCUGUCUGAGCCAGAAGUUGGAGAAGAAUUUUUACGGAUCAAAAAUGCUCUUCAGUAUUCCAUGGAAAUAGCUGCUAACGUGUUGUAAAUCUACAAAAAAGAAUUUCGUUGUCUGACUGAGUCGUCAAUGCCAUUGCCAUCAAAAUAAAAAGUAGUCUGUGAAAUAC